AUGAGUUGGGGACUUCGUCCGGAAGGAUAUGGGGAACCUUUCUAUGGGGAUGAGGCAGGAUUUUCUAUUCAAAUGUACCACAAUGGUGAAAUAAGAGGUAACUAUUAUGUGAAUGGGUCUGUGGAUUGGUUUGAUUAUUGUGAUAAGGAUAGGAUGUCAAUGACUGAGAUAGAUGCCAUGGUGAAGGAGUUAGGGCACGAAGGUUUCAUUAACUACUGGUACAAUAUUCCAGGUGAUAGUUUUGAUGGUGGCCUAGUUAAGCUGAGUGAGGAUACAGAUGUCUUAGACAUGCUAGUAUUUGUGCCAGACACUAGGGUGAUAAAUAUAUUCCUAGAACAUGUCUUGGCAUGUAGUCAAGAGUAG